AUUUUUCCCCGCCAAAGUUCUGUUUUGUGUUCAUGACAGCGACAGCGACAGCGUGCUAGUUAGGUUUUCUCAACAAACUAUUUGUUGUGACGAUGUCAACAUCACCUGUAAUGCAAAGGUGACCGUGUAGUAGGUGCUCAGUGGACUGGUUGCACGUGAAAACUUCCAAAACACUCCGCGAAAAUGGGGGACUCCUUCGCCGCAUUGACAGCCCUACGGGAACUAGAGAGGCACUCCGGGCAAGUGGCAGAACACGAAGAGGAGUCCGCAGUGCGUUACAGAGCCAUGCUUAACAAUAUUUUAGACUCGUUGCUCGUUGCAAAGGGACAAAGGCAACCGCACGUACUUGAGCAGGGCCUGGAAUGUGUUCACCAUUGCAUGAGCAGCUUGCCAUUUCUGUGGGCAUCUGCGAGCAACUCCAGGGCAGCCAGUGCCUUUGCGGACAGGUGUCUGGAUCGCUUUCUGGAGGCUACUGAUCUUGGGCCCCCUGUAGUCAAGGCCCUGGAAAUGUUGCUAGAUCUGAUGAGACGCAGGGAUCCCCGUCGUCUCAGGCAAUGGCUGCCACGUCUCGUGACGAGUGACAGAGUUCCCGCGCACCUGCUGCACGAAGGUAUCUGCGGGGCCUUUGGUGGGUUUGGACUGCGGAAACGGCGGUGGAAUCAUCUGCGCACCACGAGCGAAGAAUAUUGCCCAACGACGCAACGUGCUAGGCUCACCGAAGCCUUGAAUCAAGGGGAUGACGCGACUGCAUUUCGUAUCUACAAGAACCUGUUUGUGGAGCCACUGCUGUUACACGAUGUAGAUGCUCUUCGGAAUGCUGAAACCGUGUUGCGUGUGGUACGUAAAUGUGUGGAGGAAAUCGCUUUGAAUCAUCCGGAGAACUUGAAUCGACUCGAAUGUUGUCUACGCCUCUUGCUUUACACCGUAACCGUUCCGAGAGUUCAUUCUGAAACAGUGCAGGAACUACUGCAGUCGCAGGCAGGCUCUUGGGCUGCAUCCCUCACCGCACUGUGGGGACUUUUUACACUCUGUCUCUGUACUGCAACGCAAGAUCAGGCUGCAGAAAAUCUGCUGCCUGUUAUGGCCCUCAUGCUGCAAUUGCAUGAUGUGUGGGCGACGCAGAUACCCGAAGACACCACCCGUGUCAUUACCCCUCUGCUAACUCACUGGCAGAGGAUGUUCGGUUGUCGUCCUUCUGGAGCUGAAAUUCCUCAAGGUCGGCUGCUAUGCUCUUGUCUAGUUUCGCUGACUCUGUUGCUUCCGAGCACCUUGCCAAGCGAUUCCACUAGAGAAUCAUUGACUUCCGUUCUGAAAGCAGCUUUGCUGGACAGUGACAUUGGGACAGUUCAGCACUGCGCUCUGGAAUGCAUGGUAUUGCGACUUUCACCGAGGACUCCACAGCUGUUGCUUUUGCCAUUCUUGGACCGAAUGCACGAUUACCAAAAUGACGCACUUGCAUGCAAAGCAACUCAGAGUGUGGCUGAGCUGUGCUGUGCAUUAGCUCACUCCAAAGACAUUAUUAGCAAUUCACCCCAUUAUUGGUGUUGGGACGACGCUUCACAACUUCCUUCGUGUCACACACGUUGCUCUUCCUGCGAGGGAGAUGUUCGACUGGAGCUUCCUGAUGGGCCAGAUAGGAUGGCUGUCACCAGCUGUGUACGUCGUCUCUCUUCUUUCCUGAAGUUUCCCAAGGCAAAGACUGCCAUAGCUUCGUGCCUCGAGAGGGUAUUUGCUCAUCUUCGAGUGGAUGAGGCGUUGCUCGAACAAUUGGUUCUUCCCCUGCUGUGUGAUUCGGACUCUCGUGUGCGACGUCUGGCUGGCAAGGCUCUUCAUUUCCUCGAAGCGACGAAUACACCAGCACAGAUGCGCCUACUUGGAGCACUGCGGCGCGCUCUGGCUGAGGCCAGCGGCGAUACUCACUUACGGGACACGCUGCUGGGAGCUGUGGGCAGCUUAGCAAUGGGAAGCCACGAGGAGGAGACUCAGAAGGAAUGGCAUGAAGAAAGACUCCUUUUUGCUGUGCUUUGCCUUCUGGAACAUGCAUUGGACCCUGUCCCGUAUGUGGCUCACGUUGCCCGCGAACAGCUUCAGGACCUUGCGGACAACCUCAAGUGUACCCCGUUUGAUCUCGUGCGCCGCUUUCGCCUUCCCGUAUCAAAACUGCUGUUGGAACACAUGCGGAAAGCUGCUUUGGAAGGAGCUUCGUUUUCAGCAGGCGAUUUCCUGGAGCCUCUCAUUCGAGCAGUACGUUGCACUGAUGUCCGCAGCUUGCUUCUGGGUUUGCUUCGCUUUCUUCUGCCACUGUUAGCACUCCAGGCUGACGCAGGUGCGUCUCGCCUUCUGCGGGCACUUGCGAGGGAACUGCAGUCCCGACGGCGUGACCUUCUGCUCUCUAACUUCAGGCACGUCUUCUCCUAUCUGGUGCGUCAUGCCUCGGGUGAAGAGCUGGCCAAAGCCCUAGCUUUUGUUGAGGCAGAGACAGACCUAGGCCUUGGGAGUGUACUGAGGUUUGAUUUCCAGCGCAUUCAGAAUGAAUUGCUGUUACACCUGAGCAGUCACCGCACCCGCGUGAUUGAGGGCUUAACGGUGUUGGCCCGUGAGGACGGCUGCUCCUCAAACUCUGGCUCACUGAGUCCUCAGAACCUUGCUAAUUUUCUACAACCCCGUUUGCUGGGCUUCCUGACCUUUUUUGAUGUACAGCUGCUGAGUUCGAGUGUAUCGGACAGUGACAAAUUGCAGGCCCUGCACAGUUUAGCUUCGUUACUGCAGCUCCUUGGAGCGUCUCACGUAACUGCAGUGCGUAUGAAAGUACUGGCAAGCCUGAAGUUGGCACUACGGUUUGAGGAGAGGGAAUUCCUCCGGGCUGCCUCAUGUGCCUGGAAUGCAUUUGUCCACAAUGUGGAGCUAUCAUCCUUAGGCCCACUGCUGGGGCAAGUGGUUGCCACCCUUUUGCCCCUCCUUGCUAAGGACACAGAAGGCACAAGGCAGAUUCUACACUUCCUCCUUGUAGAGAACAGGGAGGCUCUACACGAGCAUUUUCGCGACCUCUACUUUGUUAUGGACCUGCCCGAGUUGGAGCCUCUGCAAAGCAUGCUCAAAGAGUUUGAUACACAACCCACAGGCGAUGCUGACUUGACUGCUGUUUUGUCUCAUGGCUCGCGGGGAGUGGCCCAUGAGAGUCCCGAUGUACGUCUGCUGGCUCUGCGGCAACUCAAAACUACACUCUCAGAGAGACAGUCUGAGCUGUUUGUUCAUCUCCUUACGAGGGAAGCCCUGGAGCCAAUUGUUUCUACGCUGGUAUUGCGAUUGCUAGAUGGAUGUCGACAAGUGGAUGAUAGCAGACUGCAGCUCCUGGCAGCAGAGUGUUUUGGGGAGCUUGGUGCUAUUGAUCCGGGAAGGUUGGAACUGAAAACGCUGAGCUCUACAGACGCCAUAACAUCGGGGCCCGAAAGCGAGGAUUUUGCCUUUGAGCUGUUACAGCGACUCAGCCGUUCCUACCUCAGUGCCGAAAACAGCCGUGUUCAGGACUGUUCCUCCUACGCCAUUCAAGAGGUGUUGAAAGUUUAUCGCUGCUCUGACUCCAGCUCUGCAUCGGGGCAAAGUCUAUGGAACCGUUUGCCUCCUGAGGUGCAGGAAAUAUUUGGGCCGAUGCUGCACUCGCGCUACAUUGUGUCGAGUAGUUUCCCCGAGGGUUUUCCACAUCCCUUGUUCGGCAGUGAGUACGGCUCCACGUUUCGGGACUGGGUUGCAAAUUGGACACUGGAUUUGAUGCAUCAGAUUGGUGAAGGCCAGUUGCUGCAAGUGUUGAAGGCAUGUGUCCCUGUGUUGAAAGGUGACAGCAAUGUUGCUCUGUUCCUGCUGCCACAAGUCCUGGCCUGCGGGGUGUUGUCAGAUCCCGCAUGCAGGGACCGCGUCCAACUGGAAGUGUUGACUGUACUACGUCAGUGCCAAGAGGCCGGAUGGCAAACGACUGGGCUUCUGCCCCACAUGGCAGCACAGACGGUGUUUUCCCUCCUUCAGCAUCUGGCACAUUCUACUGCAAAGGGUGGAGAGGCCACUGACAGUGCUGCCACACCCCUGGAUGUGCCGGAGGAUCUGCUAGCUCAAGCGGCAUUCAACUGUCAGGCACAUCCAAGGGCACUCAUGCACCUUGAAGCGUUUCUUAGGAACAAGACAAAGGAACAGCUUCAGGAACACUUGCCAUUUUUACAAAGAAUCUACGUUGCUCUUGACGAGCCUGACGGAAUAGCUGGUGUAGCAGCUGCUCGCUGCGGCCGGCCUUCACUGGAUGACCAGAUUGUGGAGCACCAGGCCAUGGGGCGCUUACAAGAAGCAUUUGCCUGCUACGAGCAGGCAGUUCGGCUGGAGCCAGAGAAGGUGACUCAUCAAGCAGGCUUGGUGCGAUGCCUUCUGGCUCUUGAUCAGCCAGCCACAGCACUGACACACGCGUCUGGACUUUUGGCACAUAGGAGUGAAUGGAAGUCACAUUUGGAGGAGUUCUGCGCCGAAGCUGCAUGGAGGCUCUGCAGUUGGGAUCGUCUGCAGGAGUUUGUAGGGCAGGACCCACAAGAGCCUACCUCCAGCUGGGGAGCUGCCACAGGGAGGAUUUUGCUGGCUGCAAGGCACAUGGAUAAAGUGGACUUUUCCAAGGCCUUACGUGCAGCACGAACUUUUCAAGUGGCUCCUCUUGCAGCUGCAGCUCUGGAGCAGGAGGCUUAUCAGCGAGGCUAUCAGCAUUUGCUCAGAUUACAUGUGUUAACGGAACUCGAGAAAGGUUUUGACCUCUUGGAGGAGCUCCAUGACCUUGGCAAACAGGGGCAGCAGGAUCAGCAGUUGGAUGCCCUAGCUGGGACAUUGAGAGUAUGGGAGGCACGUGCUACCCUCGUACAGCGUUCUCCACCCGGAUCGUUUCUGGAGCCCUUGCUCAACGUGCGGAGGGCUCUGUUGAACAUUGCUGCCGACCAGCACCCACCAUUAGCUCCACGUUUGGCUACGGAACUGGCGCGCUGCUGGUUGCAUAGUGCCAAACUAGCCAGAAGGUCAGGUCACCUGCAGCGUGCUUACAGUCACCUUCUAGAAGCCGAGAGCUGCAGCGAUUUGCCCGAGGUGUUUCUCGAAAAAGCAAAGUGGUGUUGGGCAAGGGGUGACCGUGAAAAGGCUAUAAAUGAGUUGCAGAAAGGAAUUGAACGACACUUCAAAACAACAUCUGAACAAAAUGGUGGCUUACAGAUGGCAUGCGCAAAGGCUCGACUCCUCCUAGCCCGUUACAGUGAGGAAGCCUCAUCGGCUGAGAGUGCACAGCUGGCACAGCUCUACAAAGCAGCGUCUCAGGCAUGUCCAUCGUGGGAGGACGGGUUCUUUCAGCUGGCGAAAUAUUGCGACUCCGUGCUGACCCUGCAUGAGAAAGCGGAGAAGAAAGCAGACGUGAUGGUGCACGUGGUGCGCCACUACGGCAACUCGUUGCGUUUCGGAAGCCAGCACGUUUACCACUCUAUGCCACGGCUGCUGUCACUCUGGUUUGACCUUGGUUCACAAGUUGCUGAUCUUCAGAACCAAAGACGUCGACCACCUGUUCUGGAUGCCUUGUCUCAGUACCUGACUCACUUGACAGAUCGUAUCAUUGCUCCACUAGUGCAGCAGUUGCCACCGUACCUGUUUUUCACUGCCCUGUCCCAGCUAGUGUCUCGCAUCUGCCAUUCACACGAGCAGGUUGCAACACAAUUGAAGGCCAUUGUAGCCUUGCUGCUUUCCACCUAUCCAAAACGAGCAGUGUGGAUGAUGGUGGCUGUCUCAAAGUCGUCAUACCCGAUGCGUGUCCAGCGUUGUCAGGAGGUUUUUCAGCUUGCCCGACAGCAGAAUGCUUCGUUGUCAAAGUUUCUUCAAGAUACCAUGCAGUUGUGCGAUCGUCUCUUAGAGCUGUGCAAUCGUCCAUGCCCACAGGGAGGCUCCAUUACCAUUUCCCAGGGCGCAGGUUCCCGCAGCCUACACCGUCUGUUAGAUGACAGUAACUUCAGUGAGGUGCUGCUACCACUUCAGACUUCGUUGCUCGUGACACUCCCUGCAGCACGGGCUCCAUCCCCCAGGGACCACGACCCAUUCCCUCGUGCACCUGUCUACAUCAGAGGCUUUGAGGACAAGGUGGAAGUGCUGUCUUCCUUGCAACGCCCGAAGAAGGUUCUAGUGAAAGGAAGCGACGGCCACAGCUACGCCAUGAUGUUGAAGCCCAAGGAUGAUCUCCGCAAGGACUGUCGUCUCAUGGAAUUCAACAACCUCAUGAACCGUUACCUCCGACAAAAUGCGGAGGGCCGGCGGCGGCAGCUACACAUUCGUACAUACAGCGUCGUACCACUAAACGAAGAGUGUGGACUGAUAGAGUGGAUCCCCAACCUGCAAGGGUUCCGUAAUAUUCUCCUCAAAAUCUACAGGGCAAAGAAGUUGAUGACAACGGGUCGACAGAUAAAAGAAAUGAUGCCCAAGUUGACAACUCCAUUAGAGGAGAAACUCAACAUUUUCCGGAAUCAGUUCCUGCCUCGGUUUCCUCCCGUGUUUGUAGAAUGGUUUCAGACGACCUUUCAGGAUCCAACUGCUUGGUACACGGCUCGCCGGUCAUAUGCCCGAACACUCGCUGUGAUGAGUGUGGUUGGCUUCAUCCUCGGACUAGGGGAUCGUCACGGGGAGAACAUACUCUUGGAUGCCAGUUGUGGGGAUGUUGUGCAUGUGGACUUCAACUGUCUCUUCAACAAGGGUGAGACUUUCGACUGGCCCGAGAAGGUGCCCUUCAGGCUCACCCCCAACAUGGUGGAUGCUCUGGGACCACUCGGCUACGAAGGGCCCUUCAGGCGAACCUGCGAGGUGGCCCUGCGCAUUAUGAGGGACCAGCAAGAUGCUCUCUUGAGUGCUCUAAAACCGUUUAUCCACGAUCCUCUUGUGGAGUGGAGCAAGCCUUCUCGGGGUGCCAGAACAAGCAGCGAUACGACUGGUGAAAUGCACAACGAAAAAGCUGUGGCCCAUGUGAAUGGAAUUGAGCAACGCUUGAAGGGCGUCUACAGGGGCCGUAACAAAGCUGCAGGUCCUCCGCUCUCAGUGGAAGGACAAGUUGACUGCCUUAUUCACGAGGCUACCAAUGAAGUGAACCUGUGUCAAAUGUAUGUUGGCUGGGGUGCCUACAUGUGAUCGUGUUCCCUGCGAACUAGUUCACACAUUGUACAGUUGUUGAUAGUGAGACACACAUUCUACUUUGUCUGCAUGCAUAGGAGGACUCUAUUUUCUUUGUAUAUAUAGCCCGCAUUUUGAUAAACAUGGCGGAGAAGUACCUGA